AUGGCCCCCUUCGACCAGAUAGAAACCUUCCAAGCUGCUCUAAUGAGCCUCUUCGCCGGUGAUCCUGACAACACCGAGUCCGAUCUCUCCCGCCUCUUCCACCCGGACUUCACCCAGCGCGACGACCAGACCACGCGCGACUUCGCCACGUUCGUCGCACACAUUCGCUGGCUGCGCGAGAAUAUGGAGCCCGGAUCCACUCAGUUGACGAUCACCCAACUCCUGCGAGACGGGAGACAGUUUGCAGACCGACACGACUCGACAACGAAGAUGCCUGACGGGAGCGUGGCCAGGGCGGAGACGUUCAUGUUUGGGGAGUUGGCGGAGGACGGACGGAUCAAAUGGUUGGUCGAGACAGUGAGACGAAAAUAG